GGGGUCAAAUUGUUAGUUUUGGACAAUCGGUUCAGAAGCAGGUUUACGCUGACCACUGCAAGUACUUUCUGCUGGAUGCAAGAGAAAUGAUCAUUAUGCGUGCACUUGUGGCGACAGUUCUGCUAAUUUCGGUGAUCCUGCUGUCGACCGUUCUGAUAAAUGCAAACACACGGAACGUGGUGAGCAUCGAGAAUGAACGCGGAUCGCGGAUUGAAAAUGAGGUUCCUCAAGUUGUUGAAAGUGUGAAAACCCCGAUGGUGACAAAGAAAUCACCAGAAAAAUCUGUUCACAAAGGAGCAUUGAAUCCCAAGAUUGAACCUGUGGAAAAAUUGGACGUAAAAGUGAAUGUUGAAAAAGAAGGUCGAUUGAUUAAGGCAAUACAAAAUACCGACGCUAAAAUCGAUAAUGUACAAACAAAACCGUCAGUUGCGAAGACAACAGUUGAGUCUAAUGAUGAGGACAUCGAAGUGAAUGAAACUGACAUUCAGGAUGAGUUGUUGUUCACCGAUGGUUUCAAAGAGAAGGUUGAUGUGAUUGUUCACCGCACAACACAUACUUUAUCGGAGAGUCCUAAAAUUACCGAACGGGCAGAGAUGGCGUUCACAACCGCGUCGAAGGCUACUCAGAAAAACAACCCAAGCUCUUCCCAAACCACUGAACAGCAGCCGUCAAUGACCCCGUUAGGUUAUGAGCCUGAAAGCUACAUAGUGUUGGAUGCGGAACCAGAGAUCCCUCGAAAGUUGCAACAAGAUGAUGAUGCUACGCUGGUUGAUGAUAUCGAUCCGGUUGGAUUGGGUAAAGUCAAUCAUGUUCUCGAAAGAAAACAGCGAGCUGUCUACGACGGGCCGGAAACAUACGUGCUCAAUAGAGCCCCCAUAGUGCCUCACGUCGGACAUGAGCACUAUUACGGAGAAAUGCCACAGAGAUGCCCUCGGGAAUUCCCUCCCCCACUGCCGGCGCACCAGCCUCAACCGACAGAACAAGCGAGGGCACCACCGCAACAAGCGGCACCUCAGCCUCAUUCUGGUUCACCAUCGAUCUAUAACCCGUACAACUGGGAUAGGCAUCACAUGAACUUGGUACGGUUCCCGCAGUGUGCAGCCUGCCAACGCAAAGAGGGUCCAGUGUGCACCACUUGUGGUAGGUGCCGCGAAUGCUGCGAGCAAAGCGGGUGUACAUGCGGGUGUUUACGUUCCGAAAGCUGAGCAGUGGUUUUAGUUACUUACGUGUUGUUGUUAAUGAUAAUAAUUUAAAAAAUAUAUAGUGAA